CGCCUAAGCCCACAACUGAAUUGAUCUUUUUGCGCAAAGUGGAAUUUCUGACCUCGCUAUCAUUCAACCACAUCCGAGGAACCUUGACAAUUUCCCCCUUCAAUCCCACACAACACCCUCCCCCGACAGCCUUCACGAUGUCGCAGCCGAGCACACAGAAGACGUUCGGGAAGUCGACCCGGGAGGUCCCUCACCCUUCCCAGAAGGCCCAGAAGUGGUAUCCCGUCGACGAUGAUUCCCAGCCCAAGAAGGUCCGCAAGGCCCUCCGCCCCUGGACUCCGCGAAAGUCGCUACAGCCCGGCACCGUGCUCAUCCUCCUGGCCGGUCGCUUCCGAGGCAAGCGAGUCGUGCUCCUGAAGACCCUCCAAGACGGCGUCCUCCUCGUCACCGGCCCCUUCAAGAUCAACGGCGUCCCCCUGCGACGAGUUAACGCGCGAUACGUCAUCGCCACCUCCUCCAAGGUCGACCUCGCCGGCAUAGAUCAGGCCAAGGUCGACGAGGUCGCCCAGGCCUCCUACUUCACCCGCGACAAGGCCAAGGACAAGGCCACCGAGGAGGCCUUCUUCAAGCAGGGCGAGAAGCCACAGAAGAAGGAAAUCAGCAGCUCCCGAGCAGCGGACCAGAAGGCCAUCGACAAGGCCCUGAUCGCCAACAUCAAGAAGGUAGACCUGCUCGCUAGCUACCUUGCCAGCUCCUUCAGCCUCCGAAAGGGCGACAAGCCCCACGAGAUGAAGUGGUAGACUUGGCGCUAGAGAGUGUGUGAGAGAGAGGGGGUGUUCUAGGAGGAAAUGCUGCUUUUCGAGAGAGAGAAAAAUCAACAUUCAACUUUACAUGACUUUGCGGACGGCGGAUCGCGGAACUGGGCUGGCUUUGCCAAUUGCAUCUGGACGUUGAGGCAUCGGUCACAUUGAUUCUGGCGUCUGUAAUCGAGGUUCUAGUCAAUAAAAGACUAUCAAGGCAAAAAAGACAAAAAAUUUAAAAUCGCGU